ACCACGAUUUGGCUAGGAAGAUGAGUCUGUGUACUGAAGAACAGAAAGUUAUGAGGCUUGAAGAAAGAUUUGAUAAAUAUUGAAAGGAAAUUGGUGAACAAAGGCUCGAAUUCCUUGAGCUUGGUUACGCUUCAAUCUAUUAUCCAUAUCAAAGGGCUAAAAAAUCUAUAAAUGAUGGACAUUUCAGUAUCCAUAAGAACAAUUUCUUAUAUAUUUUUAGCCAGAAUACACCGAAAGAUAAAGUUUAUAAAAAGUUUAUUUCAAAAUUUUGAAUGUUAAAUAAUUGAGAACCUAAAUCUUUUCAUAAACUCUGUAAAGAUAUGUGUUUUCAAAGAUAUCAUGACCAAAAAAUCAACAAAUAUAAAAUUGACAAAAGACUCCAAACUUAAUAUGAAAUGACUCUCUAAAAUAAUGGAACUUAUCACAAGAGCGUGUCAUAUAAAUAGAUUCACAAUCAGAUCCACAGACUUGCAGAAGUAUUUGAUUUGUGGUCGCCAUAUACGUGACAUAUCAUUUGAGAAAUGAACAAUCCCUGCUCAAACAUUUAGCCAUACUUUCAAAAACUAUCCACUGAAAUUACUCGAAACACCUCCAGACAGCAAUCCUGAAUCUCCAAGAAUUCUAAAAAAUAAUUUAAAUAAUUUAAAUUUCAGUGGUUGUACCCCAGAUAAGCUCUCUGAUCUUGAGUUAAUCAUAAACAUUUUGGGUGGAAUCGCUAACUCAAAUUUUACGAAAACUCUCAGAUGUAUCAAUUACUUUUCACUCAACUCAAUAUUAGGCCAUGAAACUAUCCCAGAAGCUACAGGUUUACAUUCGAGUCAAAUUAAUGUAGAGGAGAAAUCAGGAUCAGUGUUCGUCACUCUAAAUCAAAGCCAAUUCCUCUAUAAAUUCAACGGAUAA